CAAAUACUUUAACCGAACUCACAUUCACUCUUUCUGUCUCUCUCUCUCUCUUCAUGGGGAAUCAGGAGUCUAGGAAUCAUUCCUCCUCGGGGGGCGGAAAGGUCGUCCUGUGGGACGGCACGGUGCACCAGUGGGAGGACCCCGGCGUCACCGCGGCCGAGCUGAUGCUGGAGCACCCACAGCAAGUUGUGGUCGAGUUCUACCCUGAGGCGAGAGGGAAGAGGCCGACCCCAUUGCCCGCCGACCAGGAGCUCGACCCCAGGAAGAUUUACCUCAUGCUCCCCAUGAAGCGGGGGAAGCCCGUGUCCCUAUCCGCUGAGGAGGCCCGGCACGUCCUCUUCACGGCGAACUCGGUCCUGCGCUCGAGGUCUCUCCUGAACUCGUCCUCAAGGUUCUUGCCGCUGUUCACGCGGAUGUGCAUUCUCGGCCCCGGAGGCGACAGAUACAACGAGCACACGCCGCAAGAGCGAAACCAGGAGGACGAGAUGAAAGCGGCCAAGAGGUGCGCCAUAGCAGACCCGAUUAUGUCGGAGAUCAUGGACGGUACGCCGGACUACUUGAGCAGGCAGCUUUCGGGGAAGGGAUGGAAGCCGAGCUUAGACACCAUCAAGGAGAAGAGGAUUGAGAAGAAGGUGCCUUACUGGCUGUUCUAAUCACUUUAAGAGGUCAUCCAGCAUUAUAUAGGCUGGCUAAGAUUAGAGUCUCGAUGUUGAAGAGUGCUGCUUCUGUUUUCUGAAGUGCGUUAGGGAAUCUCAUAGUUGUUGUGAUAAUACUAGUGGCAAUGCAAAGACAUGGGAGGGAUCAAAGUCAAACAGGACUAUGUCCUGACCAGGCUUUCGAGGAAGAACUCUAUAGCAAUGAAUGAUAAAGGAGAUAGGUAGUUCUAUGGUGGUGCGUGUGUUUAUGGGCCGUUUGACCCGAAAGUCUGUCCAUGACAAGGCCUGGUGGUGUCCUGAUUUUGAGCCCAUCGACCGUAUUGAACCGGGUCGUGGAGUUUCGUUUUCGUAUGCAAGUGAUUUAAUGCGAUCGAUU